AUGUCAAAUCCAUUCGAUAGAUUGUUGCAGUUUGCAGAAAAGGUGGAGAAAAAUGCUCCCAUCGUGUUCACAAAGGAAGAAGAAAAAUUGAUUGAGGAGAUUCAGGCACAGCAGUCUGUCUUGACGAAGCUGCAAGAAGAGUUCCAGGCAGCCUCGAUUGAAGAUGGAUCAACGUGGACAUCUUUUCGAUUCGAGACGAAGGAGGCAAGUCCGAAGCUUCUGCGCUCUGAAGAUGAGGGGAACCAAGACAUCAUCAAGGCAUGCAGAGAACAUGUGGUCAACACGGCAGCGAGCAUGGUGCAGCGAACUUUCAGAGGCCAUAUUGGACGGAGGAUGUUCGCAGAUGUGGCGGAGGAGGAAAUCCGACAGGGAGCGUCAGUGCUGAUUCAGCGGAUGUACAGAGGAGCAAAGCAGAGAACCAUGAUGCGUAACAUCCUGCAAGAGGACUCCGAUGAUUCCGAGAGCGACAGCGAGGACGAUGGUUUCUUGAACACGCGACAUCCGGCGACAGGCAAGAUAUUGAAGAACGCGCCGCAGUAUGGCAAAGCGAUCAACGAAACGAGAAGGCAGCAUCAUUAUCCCCGAGCAGCAUCUGAGUUUGUUGUCGUGAAGUUCUACCAGUUCUGCAAAAUGGAGAAGAAUGAGAGGCACGACAAUCCAGCAGACAUGCUCAAGAAAUCUCAAGAGAUAGAGAGCAAGCUGUUGAAGGUGGACCACGAGCUUGACGAAGCGAUGAGUACCAUCAUAUUCACUGAUGCUUGCUUCGAACAACUUGACAAGACGCUGCUGACACGAGAACGAGCUCUGAAAGAGAUUCUAAGGCGCAGAGCAGCCACCAGGCGGGAAGUUCACCUAGUGCAGCAACUCAAGGACACCCCUGAAGGUCAAUUUCUGGAGAUGGUGCCAGGAGAGGAGAAGGAGAGUAGCAACCAGGACGAUCAGGGCAGGAAAAAGAGCCUGCUACAAGCGCAUGAAGAUGGAGAGAUUGACAGCAAAGUCUCUGCAUUUGUUGCAGCACUCAACAGGAAGAAGAGAAAGUGA